AUGAUGGACAACCUUGACGACCACAUAGAUAAAAAACAACGAGUCCUGAUGCCACAAGAGACAAACAGCAACAAUAAUAACAACAAUCACAACCAGGAUGCAUUUGCCAAUGUUGGAGAUCAAGCUCAAAGUGUUGACACCACGGUUAGACAAACAGGUGCAGCCGAUGCUGAGGGACACCCAGUGCAAGAAGUCGAAUCAUUGUGUAUGAACUGUCACGAAAACGGUACUACCAGAAUGCUUUUAACAAGAAUUCCAUUUUUCAGAGAGAUCAUCAUAAUGUCAUUCGAGUGUCCUCAUUGUGGUUUCAAAAAUAGUGAAAUCCAACCAGCUGCACAAGUGGCGGAAAAGGGAGCUAGAUAUGUUUUCAAGGUUGAAGAUAAGAAAGACUUCAAUAGACAAGUUGUUAAAUCAGAAACCGCAACCGUUAAAUUCCAAGAGUUGGAUAUCGAAAUCCCACCCAAGAGGGGCCAGUUGAUCAACAUUGAAGGUAUCUUGCAAGAAAUAAUUACUGAUUUAGAAUCUGAUCAAGAGGAAAGACAAAAAGUACAACCAGAAUUGUAUGAAAGGAUUCAACAAGUAAUAGACAAGAUCAAUCUGUACAUCAAUGCCGAACCAGGUACUUUGCCUUUGACUGUUAGGAUCGAUGAUCCAGCAGGAAAUUCAUGGAUCGAGUACGUACCUGGGGAGCCACAACACAAGUGGGCCAUGUAUGAGUACAGUAGAACUGCUGAACAAAAUGUAUUUUUGGGCCUCGUAUCAGCUGACGACGUUGCCAAGCACAGACAAGAGGAACUAGAGAAGAAGAAACAAGCCACAGACGCCAACGUUUCAUCGAAUUUGGACAAGGGGGGAAAAGAACCACCAGCAUCACAAGUAGCAGGGUUGUCCGAUGCCACCGAAAUUGAAAACCUCAACAAUGAAGUACAAACUUUUGACGCAACGUGCUCAGCUUGUUACAAGCCUUGUUCAACGCACAUGAAAUCAGUCAAUAUCCCCCAUUUCAAAGAUGUCAUCAUCAUGUCUACCGUGUGUGACCAUUGUGGAUAUAAAUCAAACGAAGUGAAAACCGGUGGCGAAAUCUCAGCAAGGGGCAAGAAGAUUGUGUUGAAAAUCACCGAUCCUGAAGAUUUAGCAAGAGACAUUUUGAAAUCUGAAACUUGUGGAUUGGAAAUUCCCGAAUUGAGUUUGGACUUGACUCCAGGAACAUUGGGCGGCAGGUUCACCACUAUUGAAGGAUUAUUGAAUCAAGUUUCAACCGAGUUGCACACUCGUGUGUUUACCCAAACUUCAGAUUCAAUGGACGAGGAAACUAAAGCGAGAUGGGUUGCGUUUUUCGCCAAGUUGCAAGAUGCCAUUGAUGGUAAGAUUGGAUUCACGAUUGUUAUGGUUGAUCCUUUGGCGGCGUCUUAUAUCCAAAAUGUCUAUGCACCCGACAACGAUCCAAACAUGACUAUUGAAGAGUUUGAUAGAAGUUUUGAUCAAAAUGAGAGUUUGGGAUUGAAUGAUAUAAAAACGGACUAA